AUGGCAUUAUCAUCUUACAGGCGAGGACCGAGGAGGAAGUCGUCCGUCAGUACAUCCGUCAGCAAGGACGGACGGACGGACGGACGGACGGACGGGCUGACGGACAGCUGGCACCGGGACCUGCUGCGGCCGCCCGUCUACAACCCCGAGGACUACGCGCUGUCGCUGCGCAAGUGGGGGCGGCGCCCGCCCGCGCCCGCGCUGUACGCCGCCCCCGCCGCCGCGCCGCCGCCGCCCCCGGCCGAGGCCCGCAGCAGGACGCUGCCCGCCCCGGGCAAGCAGCGCGCCGAGCCGCCGCCGCCGCCCCGCGACUACCGCCACCCGGGUCUCAACCCGGCGCCGCCCGGCGGCGAGAUGAGCCUCAAGCAGUUCGCCAGCGUGUCCGAGCUGCUGGCCAAGCUCAGAGCCGACCUCAAGAUGGCCUUCCCCAGCUUCGUGCAGGAGUUCGUGUCGGACCCGGUGGACGGCGUGACGCUGCUGCUGGAGCUGCUGCGCUGCGUGCAGCUGGGGCAGGCGCAGGCGCAGGCGCAGGCGCAGGCGCAGCGCUGCCCGCCGCAAGUGGCGCGCCGCGCGCUGCUGGACGAGCACGCGUGCCUGCAGUGCCUGCGCGCCUGCCUGCGCUGCCGAGACGCCGCGCGCCGCCUGGCCGCCUCCGCCGCGGGGCUCUUCACGCUCGCCGUCUGCAUCAUGAGCAACGUGGCGCGCUCCCGCGUGCUGGCGCUGCAGCUGCUGACGCGCGCCUGCGAGCCGCCGGGCUGCGGCCACUCCGCGGUCUCCGAGGCGCUGUCCACCUUGCGGCUGCGCUUCGGCGAGGCGGUGCGCUUCAGGUUCCUGGCCGGCAUGCUGACCAGCGCCGGCGGCUGCCCCGACCUGCAGGCGGCCGGACUUCGCUUCCUCAACACGCUGCUAGACACCGCGCCCUCGCCGCAGCAGCGCCUGUACCUGCAGGCCGAGCUGCAGCAGGCGGGCUUCUCCGCCGCCGCCGUGCGCAACGUGCUGCCGUCGAACCAGGCCGCGGCGCAGGCGGUGCUGGCGGAGCUGGAGCGCUGGGCGCGCGGCUACGUGGACGUCGCGGCGCUGCAGGGACGCCUGCACGACGCCGAGCGCCGCGCCGAGGCGGCCCACGACAGGGCGCAGCUGCUGCAGCGCCGAGUGCAGAUCCUGCAGGAGGAGAAGAACAUCCUGCUGUCCUUGGAGCAGUGCCUGAAGGAGCGGUGCUGCGGCCUGGAGAGGGAGCUCGCCAGCUGCCGGAAGCCCUCCGCCGACAAGAAGGCGCAGAAGUCUCCGUCUUCCAGCUCCAAGCAGGGCGGCUCCACGCCGGCCGAGGACGAGGGCAUCAGCUCGUCCGACCAGGACCACUCGCUGUCGUCUGACGAUGUAGGCGAUGUGGAGAGGGAGCCAUUGGUGUACGAGAUGUUCACCGUGAGGAACGACACCAUUGUCGUGGACUCGAGGAGAGCCCCGGAGAUGCGCGAGACCAGCGUGGACGACGGCGAAGAGGAAGGGGUUGAAGGCACGACCACCAGCCGAAGGAAGAAGGACGAGGACGAGGACGAAGAGACGACGAUCGACGAAGUGAUCGAGGAGCUGCGGAACAUCAUCAACGACGCAGAGACAGAGGCGUACGCGGCAGAGGCGGCAGAGCAGGCCGCGGCGGUCAAGAGGCGGGCAGACGAGAAGAUGAAUGUUAGGAGGUCUGAUGCGGAAGAGGAUAGGAUACGACGACGCCAGAACGCCAAGUCGACGGGAGGCGACUCGAACGUGAGGCGCAUCUCGGUGGAGUACCACAGCGACACCGUCGAGGACCCGGAGAUAGUUCCUUCCCGACUGCUGCCGCAGCCGCCGAGGAGGGCGAGAAGUCUGUCCCACGUGGCGUACCAGAGCCCCGACCACCCCGCCGAGGGCAGCGCCAUGCCCAGCACCCGCAGCCCGUUCUUCGACUUCGACGACCUGGACGACACGCCCAUACACACCAGCGAAGAGGAGGACUCCGACUCGCUGCUCAGCGCCUCCAAAGAGAGCGGCAAGAGGAUGGCCGUACUGGAUCGGGGGAAGAACAAGCACUACGAGAAGAUAUUCCUGUGCAGCAGCGGCCCCCGCGAAGAGAAGCAGCUGCCGCCGGACGUCCUGGGGAAGAACUGCCCCGCGGCACGGCGAGGUAGCUUCGAGGGUCUCUUCGGCACGGCGGACGUCGAAGGGCAUCGGCCGGCCAGCGUGUCGGAGGAGGCCCGGCAGAAGAGGCUCAAGUCGAAGAGCCUGGACCGGAUAGACGAGGGCCUGGACUCGAUGGUGGACAUAGUCCUGACGUCGGACACGGGCAAGAGCCGGGUGAGCAGCGGCAGGGGCUCGGGGACGGAGGAGUGGAGCCUCGAGUGGGACCGGGGGUACCUGGAGACGAGGCAGAGCCUGGCGGAGGCUGCCGUGGCGUACGGCACACCUCCGCCCGUGGUGAUAGUGUCCCGGUCCUCGAGCAGCACCAGGAACCAGCACUGCGUCGCGCGCAGGCUCCCUUCGGACAACACCAGCCACCCGCUCUUCCUCCCGCUGGCCGGCCUGGGCUCCGACUCCCCCUCCCCCGACAGCUCCAGGAGCAAGACCUUCCUGGUGAAGCGAGGGCAGGUGAACGCAGGGCUCUACUCGGGUCACCACGCCAACCAGUGUCAGAGGGGCUCCGCGCCGAAGGAGUACGGUCCGGUCGGAGGGAGCAGCACGCUGUCCGGCAAGGUCACCGACCUGGCAUCAGGGCUGUACUGAUUACUUGGUGUGGUAUUCCCUUAACCCUCCGUGCUCAAAGGGACGAUGCAAUUGAGAAGUUUGAAAAUGGAUGUUAGACAUGUAGGUGCGUGCGAACCUGUGAAGUGAAGGAACAGUUACAGCCGAUACUUAAAACUUCCAGACCUAGUUACAGACUCAAAUUUUGGUCGACAUCUGAGAGGUUGUGGUUUCGGUUGCUGUCCUACACAAGAUAAAAAGUAAAUGCUAUGCCUUGCAAUUUGCAUUUGCAACAUCUAUUUAAUCACCUUGAUCAGUAACCUUAAGUUCUUAGGUAAAUGUUAAAUGACAAAGUAAACCUUCUGAAUAAAUGAGAAAUAUGUACAUGCCCUUCCAAUUUACUUAAGUAUUUUUUUUUUAGAAAUGGAAUUAAUAAGAUUUCAAAACUUAUUUUACCUUGGCCCCAAUACUUGCAUUGCUGCUCAGUUAUGUUGCAUGGAUGUGUAUGAAACAAAAAUUAUCAGUUACAGUAAUUUUCUUCGUGAUUUUUUAUUGAUGCAGUGUUGCUUCUUGGACAGGGUUCUUACAAUUAACUGAUGAACUGUAUUCACUUAGUAUUAAGUCCGUGAAUACAGAAGGACCACUUAAAUUGCUCUAGAUGCACCAGAAAUAUUGGUUAGUCACUUGUUAGUCAAGUCAUUUUAAUAACUUUUAGCAUGAAAUAAUUUUGCAGUAGUGGCUUCAAUUCAUAGUAUCCUAAAGCAGUUCUAAUUUUUAUUUUCUCAUUUUCUCCCCUUCCUACCUCCAUUUGUUUCAACUACUGUUCUUGCAUAACUCUCCGACCUCUGGGUUAUGAAGACAGUUGAAUAUCACUUGUCAACUUGGAAAAACUUUUUUUACAUCAUCUGAGUCAAAUUAUUUUUUGGUUUAUGCUUCAAUUUUGUUGAGUUACACAAUUAAAAUAAUAUUUCUAGCAGUAAAAAAAAACUCACGGAUGCCUGGCAGCCAAGUAACUGAUAGCUAAAAUACUAUAUGUAAAUUGGUGAUUUGAAAGGUUUUAGUGUUAAGUUACAAUACAAUUACAGAUUAUAUGUAAACUAUGUUUUUCUUUCCUUCAAAUUUAUGUACAUCUGAAAAUUCAAUUUCCAAUGGUGUCGAAAGACCUCAGAAUAAUAAAUAAUAUGUGUGAUGUGCAAUUGACAUAUCCGCAGCUACAAGGGUCUCACCACCUGAUUGCUUGGUGUCCACGUUGCACUAAAUAGCAAUGUAGUUACACAACUCUCUUCCUGAUAAUUUCACUUUCCGUAAUGCCCUGGGCAUUAAACUUUUUUUUUAUCACAUUACAAUCUGAUUAAAUCAUUACCUUGCCUGACUUACUAUACCAGUUGUAAAUAAGUUUUACAUAAAAAAAAUAAUAGUUUGAGUAUAGAAUGAAAUGGAACUUUGACUUGAAAUUGGACAGGUUGUUACGAUAAGCAGGCAGUGUGCUGUUGUGUUUCAAAAACACAGUUUCAGCUUUAGUUUUACAUUGAUAAUUAUGCUCUGUUACUGUUGAUAUUUCACAGUAUAAACUCUUACAAGUUAAAUAGUGUUAUGAUACAGAGAUGUCCUGCAUUAUUCAAUUUUCUGCUUCUUCAUAGUUUGGACUUGAUUAAGUUUGAUGCAGACUGCUUCAAUAAUUAUAUUUAAAAAAAAUUGUUCUCUGGGAACAAAAAAUCUCAUUAUUAAAUUACAAAAUUCUAAGUGAAAUAACAAUUGGUUUAAAACGUUACCUAUUUCUUAAAACGUCUAACUGUAUACAAGCAGCCAGCAACAGUACAAGCACAGAAAACUGUAAUUUGCGAGUAGCACGUGUAACUCCUUUAGUUACGCGUAGUAACUUCCAACAUUAAAAAAUUGUGAUGCGCUCUCAACAGAUUCCUCAAGCCAUGCAAACAAAAGUUAAAAUUUUAAGUUUGUGUUUUUUUUAUUACUGUCAUGAACUCAAUAAUGUCCAUUGGUAGAGAAAUGUAGCAUGCUGCACAAGUGACAUACAAAAGAAAGAAAAAAAGGUACUUGGGGCAUAUCUGUGGACUGUGAUCCAAGACAUGUAAGUUGUAGUAUUUUAGUAAACGUUGAAAGUGUGUGUACGUCAAGUGCCUGUUUUAUUGUACUAUGUUAAAAACUCUAAAAAUAGGCCAAGUAAAGUGCAAUAAUAGUGACAAUAACAUGCAUAUGGAUCUAUAAAUGUAAAUGUUUGUUCUAUUUAUCCUAUGUGUGCAUAAAUUUUGAUACUGCUGAAUAUAUUUGGUGCAAUAUAACGGUAUCAUUAGUAGACAUGGGUUUACUAUUUGUAUAUUAAUUUUUAAAUACCAAAUCCUUUGGACUGACAUUAUGUAAAUAUUAAUUUUUCUGGUAUUUAUGCUUGGUGUAUUUAUAAACCAAUUUUUAUGAGAGGAUUAAUUUUUUCUUGGGUACAAACAUAGUUUUAUAAAUCCAGCACAAUUAUUUUACCCUACACAAAAAAAAAUUGUAAAAAUAAAUGUUAAGUUUAUGUUCAUCUCUAAGUGUGUAAUUUUUUCACUCUUAAAAUGUGUCCGAGGUAACCUUGGUUUGAAUUUUAAAAAGUUGCUACAUUUACCUUUAUAACAAUACAUACAUAGAUACAGGUGUGGAUCUAUCUCAUCUGCAUAAAACAAGUACUUAUUAACAAAAUUAUGGCCAGAUUGAUUUUUUAAGACUUGUGUCGUCGAUACUUUUACAAUCAUAAAAAGAAAUAUUUAACUGCAGUAAGUUUUAUAUUGUUAUAUUCAAUUACAGUGCUAAUUUGUAAAAUUGCGAUGUAACUUUUUAUGCAAAGUAAAAUAUUCUGAUAUUACUCGAGAUGGGUCAGAUCCCAAUUUUCUCAAAUUCAAAUCACAGAGUACCUCAAAUACAGCCCUUGAAUCCAAAUCUGCACUAGAAAGAAAAUAAACUAUCAAAUAUGGAUAUAAAAAAUUUAACCCUAUGAAUGUUUGUUUCACAAACUAAGUUUCCCUAAUCAAUAAGUAUCGUAGUUUUAUUUACAUGAUUGCAUAUUUAAAGUACAAAAUCUUGGGGAAGUGUUUUAUUAUAAAAUAUAAAUACAAAAAAAAACACUAAAAUACCUAGUAAACUUUAAAAGUCAUUAAGUGUUGAAUAUUUCACUAAACUACACUUCCUCCAAUAUUUUUCUAUGGAUCUUUUACUCCAAAUCUAAAAUAUUUAUAAUACUAAUGGUUAGAUUGUAUUCAAAGGUUCGAGGAUUUUACCUGCCCGUAUCCAGAUAAUACAUAAUAAUAUAUGACAAAACAUUCCAAAUUUAUAAAAUUGUUACAAAAGUAAAUUGAAUUUAACUCCCCCCCCCCCCUUUUUAAAAAAAAAAAAAUAAUAAUUUUUUUUUUACCAUAUUCCUGGAAAUUUUUUUGAUAUAACAUUAUUAUAAAAGAGCAAUAAUUGAUUCUUUACCUAUUCUUUUGGGCUGAGGCCAGUAAUUCACGAGACAUUAUUGCAGAUGUGGCAUAAAUAAUGCACCCUACAUGUUAUUUCAAACUAGUGACAAGUGCGUUGUCUGUACUACAGUAGGCUACUGUUCUAAAGAGAUGGUGCCACCAACUAUUAAUAUUGUAUUCUCUCUAUUUAAUUUCUAUUGGUAUAAUAUACUACAUGCACAAACCACACUGCUCCAAGAUAAGUUUAUAAGCAAAGUUAAGAACACCUGAACCUAUAUAAAUAGGAUAUUAGGUAAAUAUUGGUUUAGCUCAGCAUUAUAUUACAAUUUUGCCAACUGAUUGUAUUGGACAAACUUAGCUUGUGUACAUUUAACUCAAUAAUGAACCAUACUAAGUAAUUAACUGCUUUGUGCUCUAAUGGACUGUCAAAUUUCUGUAAACCAGAACAUUUGUUCAGUCAUGGCUGUCUUGCUGGAACAAAGCAAUAAUGUUAAACUGCCUAAAAAAUUAUUCCAUUUGCAUAAUUUUCACUGGAAUAUUUUUUUAGGGAUAGCUAAAAACCAAUAAGAAAAGCGUUUAAACUUGUAAUUCAAAUUGUGUGAUCUCAUUGUCAGGUUCAUGAAAUUGUUUGUAAAAUAUUUACUGUAUUGUGAGCAAUGUAUUUUAAUGAAAGAUACAAUUGAGUGAACAGUAAAAUUGUGUGGCAUAGAAAUAGUCUUUAUGUAGUUGAACAAAGUUUUUAAUAGUUUGAUCACUUUGAUCUUUGAUAUGUAAAAAAUUAAUUUCCCAGGAGUCAAAAUGUAAGAAGGAAAAACCUGGGAUUUUAAACAGAUUGGUCACAUUUAACAAUGUGUGUGUGAAUACACAUUUUCUACUCAUAAUAUUCAAAGAUAAUGUAAUAGUUUAUUUACUUUUAAAAUUAUGAAUUUACUAUAAUAUCAGUUAACUUUUUUUUAUGUUUUAUACUUCAUGGAAACCUUUACAAAAUUCCAACAUCUGCAUGUGAAUAUUGUUUUGUUAGUGUAUUACUUCACUGAAUGACCAAUAUUACUUCCCAAACCACUGACAUUCCAUACUCUGUAAAUAAUAAUUUAAUAAAAAAAUUAAAAUGUUUAACUUUAUGUUUAAAAAUUCCUUUUAUCAAACCUGGUUCAUUAUGCAUUUUCUCAGCAGCAAAAUAUAAGGGAAAAAAAAUUCUUUACAGACAUCUAUAAAAUUAUGAAGAUUGGGAUGAAAAUUUAUAUUUAAAUAAACAAAUUUUUUCAACAUUUGUUUUUACGUAAAUAGUUUGCUCUCUGUGAUAAGACGACCCCUGAUUUUUUUUGGGUGGUAUUUCAAUGAAAAACUCAUCUUAUUUUCGGGUGAAUACCACUCCUAUCCAUGUGUGUUUACUAAAUGGUGUCUACAAAUAUCUAGCGAAUCAAUUUCAGAACUUUUUCAGUACCUAAAAAUAAAAUUAAACAUGAGCAAAUGCAAUAACAAAAUGUUUGACUAUUUGCACAAAUGUACCCAAUUUUAAGUUACAAAGCUAAAAUGUUUUCAGAGAUAAUUACAUAAUUAGCACAUGAUUUGAGUGGACAGUCACCAACUAUUUGUAUUUAACGUGUGACUAUAAACAAGUGAGGUAUAAAAAAAAAUUAAUGCAUGUUGAUAAAAUGCUACUGGAAAUAAAAAGUUUAAUGACUUUCAGCACUAUUGUUCGUUUAUUUAAGGACCUUUCUAUGACUUGUGACCUGUAAACACUCCGUACUACAAAUACCAGCCUGUGGUACUUGUACUCAGGGCCGCAACUAGGGGGGUGCAAGCGGGGCAUACGCCCUGGGCGCAAAGCUGUGGGGGCGCCGAAAUCGCUUGCAUUGUAAUUCCUACUACAACUGGUAACUGGUAAAAAGUUUUUGCAUGGAAGUUACAGUAGCACAGAAACUGUUACAUGUAGGUAUGGAAAAUGCUUAAAUAGCACCAUUUUUCCGUGGGAGGGCCCC